CCUGUGACGUUCACACACACACCAAGCGCAGAGCCGUUUCGAUUGGACGGUGUUGAUGUGAUUUUAGCCAAUCACACUCACCCAGGUCACAACAAAUGAACAGGAAGAAAAGAUGGCGGCGAGGAACGGAAAGAAUGGUCUACUGGAAAAAUGGAGGAUUGAUGAAAAGCCAGUGAAGAUCGACAAAUGGGAUGGUGCGGCUGUGAAGAACUCCCUAGAUGAUGCAGCUAAGAAGGUUCUGAUUGAAAAAUACGGCUACGUUGAGAACUUCAACUUAGUCGAUGGACGUCUGUUCAUUUGCACGGUCUCCUGCCUUUUCGCCAUUGUAGCUUUAAUUUGGGAUUACCUCCACCCGUUCCCAGAGUCCAAGCCUGUACUGGCGUGCUGUGUUGUUUCAUACUUCAUAAUGAUGGGGAUUUUGACCCUCUACACUUCUUACAAAGAGAGGAACAUCUUCCUUGUGGCCUUGCAGAAGGACCCAGCUGGAAUGGACCCAGAUCACAAUUGGCAGCUGUCCUCUAGCCUAAAAAGGUUUGAUGACCAGUAUACAUUAAGAAUGUCCUUCGCUGACGGGAAAACCAAGCUGUCGAGGGAGACGGAGUUUACAAAGUCAGUCGGGGCGUUCUUCGACGAGAACGGAACGCUGGUGAUGGACCAAUUUGAAAAAUAUGUCUCCAGACUUCAUGACACAUUGGCCACAGAGAAGAAGACAAAGUAACGGUUAGUCGAAACUGACGGCGCCGGCCUUCAGCGACCCAGCGCACGCAGUAACGGUGGCUAUAGUGGGACAAAACACAGAUGUUAUUGAGGCUAGUGAGCGUUAUCAGAGUUUAGCUCUCAGCUGUAACAUUAAAUAAGGUCAGCACAGUGUUUUUUUUUUUUUAUUGCUAAUGUUAAAUAAAUGGUCCAGUUUUCUUUUUCGUUUGCCAUGAUUUGUUUUUUAAAUGCAAAUUCAGUUUCUAACGGUGUCUCAGUUUAGUGCUCUAUAAUAUGCGUACAUAAGAGAAACAGUGUUCUUCAAUAUCAGUGUAUUUUAGGUGCAUUUAAACACUCACUUUAAAGAAAUGGUUCACACAAAAAAUACAAUUUGGCCUUUUUUUUUUUGGUAAAGAGAAAGUUCACAUCAAGGUUUUAGAUGUUGGAAGAAUAUUUAUAUUUUCAUAAAACAAAAUUAGUCCCUCCUUACUGUAGGAGUGUUUUUGGAUCAGAGGUCUUCUACAUUAGUGUUCCCACAUUUCACGACGCCUUGUGAACAGCUGAGUGUCUGAAACAAGCAGAUUUUUGUACAUCUUCGCACCAGUUUUUUUUUUUUUGUCCCGAGAGCCUUAUUAAAUGUCUUUUCAAUCUGCAUUUUUUUUUUUUUUUCCCUGAAUUUUUCUGUUGUUUAGACUUUAAAUGACAACGAAAAGCAAAAAAGGGACUAUGUCCAUCUGUCGUGUUGUCCACCUGCCGCUUUGAUAGUUUUGUGUUUGGCCAUUUAAGCUUGAACCAGGGAUAAUCGUUUUAUGUUCCCUUUUUUUUUUUUUUUUUGAGCAUCGGAUCAGUCUUGACCUGUUUUUCACACUCAGGAGUGAAUGGACCUGAAUUUCCUGGUUUUCUGUCAACAGCUAUUUUCAUAUAGAUUAUCUUAAUUUAUUUUGAAAAGUUUAGAACCGUACAUCUGGAUGCAGUUUGUUUCUCCAUAUUGUGAAAUAUUAGGCCUGCUGAAUUCCACGGGGACUUCUUAGCGCUUUUUGUCUAAUGAUAUUCAGCUUUAGCUACCCAUAUUGUAUGUGCCUGUUAUUCUCAAACAAAA